AUGGGCGCUAAAGAAUCAUUACCAGGUGAUGGCCCUGCCCCGGAGAUGCACCAUUAUUACAGCAAAUUUAUGAGAGAAUGCCCAUCUGGGCAACUUAGUCUGCAUGAAUUCAAGAAACUCCUGGGCCUGCAAGGGCUGGAUCCACAGGGAGAUCUAUAUAUUAAACGAGUGUUUGAUAUCUUUGAUCUGAACCAGGUAAACCUUCUUUUCUUUGUUUCGUUAAUCUCAUACUAUUGCUUUGUUUGUGAGUUACAGCCUCCAGGCUCCUCUCUGUGCUCUGCUCACAAAACUGUUGUUGUGGACAGGGUUGCCAUUAUGGAGCACUAG